CCUCCUUCAAACACUGACCAACCUCUUCCCGAUGAGGUGUCCGUUGUCCCAAAAAGCGCCAAGUUAUGAAGAACAAUGUCCGAAGAGCCUAAUUAUGAGCAGAACAUUGGUUUCGACGCCCAGGAGGAGGCGGUUCAGUCAACACGACCCCGCCUGCAUCUAUCACCGGAAUUUCUCUCCAAACGCCUACACUACUGUUCCAAAUGCAGAUGGAUAUUCCAGAAUGCAGAUCUGAGUAUCCAGGACUACCCGGGAAAAGAAUAUGACUUUCAUAACUGGGCGGGGUUGACUGACGCGGCUAGGGAGGGAUGUCACCACUGUUACGUUCUGCUAAAUACCUUGGACGAAGAGCAUAUCUUGCGACUCACGGGUCCAUGUAAAUUGGAGUCGCAAGAAAAUCAAAAUCCACUCAAGUUACGAAUACGGUCCUAUGACCGUGCCUGGACUGGGACGCCUGGCAUCAUGACAUCGUGGGAAUUGCAUUCGGUCAAACAAAAACUGUAUGACAUACACUUGGAACCACUCGAAGAUGGUAUAGACCUAAGUGAAGCAGAAGGUCGGUUCGUUGAGUGCACAAGUACCGACAGUGAAGCCAGCUGGAAACAGAUACUCAGCUGGGUCGACCAGUGCUCUGCCACCCACCCUUCCUGCAAUGCACGGAUUCGUCAGGAUUCUCGGGAUCGCAAGCCCACCCGGCUGUUAUUUGUGGGUGAUCUUGUCAAAUCUUGGGUCAAUCUUUGCGAGACAAAAACUCUGGAUUUAUCGCGAACAGAUUACAUGACGCUUAGUCAUUGUUGGGGUGACGGUGUUCCGCUACGUCUCACACACGACAACUACAACAGAUUUCUUGCAGGGAUUGAGGUCAGCGAAAUACCGAAAACAUUCAGAGAUGCCAUUGACGCAACCCGGCGACUGAGCGUUCAGUACUUGUGGAUUGACUCUUUGUGUAUUGUCCAAGACUCUCGGGAAGAUUGGCUCUACGAAUCGGCAAAGAUGCAUCAUAUCUAUCAGAACUCAUACCUCAAUCUCAUGGCGGCUGCUUCAUCCAACUCCCACGGUGGGCUCUAUUCAUCCAAGUAUCCCUUCCUCAGUAUCCCAUUUCUUGUGCCCCUCGGAGAUCCCCGCAACCCAAAAAUCGCCUGCUAUCGUUACAUGAAUGCUAGAAGAGAAAAGCUCGAUAAUCUCACUCUCUUCUCAAGAGGUUGGGUGAUGCAAGAGCGGGUCUUGGCUCGACGAAACCUGAUCUUCGGAAAGGAGAUACAUUGGGAGUGCCACGACUCUACCGGGUCCGAAAGCUUCCCUGUUGGAACUGCACUUGAAAAGCGACAACACACUGUCGAUGGUCAAACAGAUGCAAGCCGCCGCACUGUCUGGCAAAAUAUCGUGAAGAACUAUUCACGCUUGAACCUGACGUUUGCAAGCGACAGGCUCAUUGCAAUUGCGGGCAUGGCCGCCGAGUUGGGACAGCUCUGGAACAGCGUCCAAUAUUACGCCGGUCUCUGGUCAUUGCAUCUCCGUGCGAGCCUUCUGUGGUAUAGCAGGAAGCCCUCUGUUCAGGCGAAGAGUUUUGUAGCGCCAUCUUGGUCGUGGGCGUCUGUCGGUACAGAAGUACAGUGGUUUGACGCUGACGACUUUGAUGGGUUAGCCGAAGUUUUGCAGGUGGAUGUUGUUUUGACGUCGCAUGGACAUCCAUUUGGCCCUGUGACCAGGGGGUCUAUCCAUCUCAACGGGCCCAUGUGCCAAGCGAAAUUAGUCAAGACAAAGUAUACAGAGAUCUUGUGCUUCGAUCAAGACACUGAAGAUGCGGUUUCAAAAGCUGACAUGCCCGAGGAUGAUGCUCCCAACAAUGAAGCCGGAUUCCGCACAACGGUGGUGCUCGACCACUACCCUUGGAGCGAGCAAGAGAUGGCUGCUGAGACGGACGUAGACAUCACAGUUUACGUGGCCCCUCUGCAAACCGACAUUGACCUCAAACUGACAUAUUCCGGUCUGCUGCGACUGGGCGGGCUCCUUUUGCUACCAACAGACUCGUUUUCAGGACAAUUCCGAAGAAUCGGGCACUUUUUUAUCCACGACCAAUGGGGUAUGGAAGGCCGACGCGUCUAUGAGGAGCGGAUAGCACAAAUGAGAAAAGAAGGGAAAAUACAGCAGAAGGAUGUGAAACUCCCAGGCUUUGUGGACCGAGAGGAGUGGUUGAAAAGAGACCCGUUUGGCAACGGUGUGAUCACCAAAACGCUCCGCUCUCGCUAUAUCUCGGCCGUUGAUCUGGGUUAUGCUGGGGAGAUCAGUAACUUUUUGGGUUACAUCGAUCGAUGUACUGAAGAGCACAGGAAACUGGGUAUUAUGGACCCUAACCUUGGAGAAGAAGAUGUUGAAGCCAGGGGGUGGUACAGAUACGAGAUUGUCUGAGAGCUAUCAGCGAGGGCAUCUUCGUCAACCGAUUUCUCCUUUUGCCUUCUCUAAAUUCGGUCGGCCCAAUAUGUACAACAAACUCGGACAAGAGCAAAAAAAAUCUAGAGAACAAAAAACCGACUCGCGGCCCACAUCUGGAUGUCUGUAUCAGUUUCUGUAUCAGUUUCUGUUCCAAGGAUAGGUUGUUCUAUAU